GGCUAAUCAAUCCAUGGAAGAGUAUGUUCGUGGAAUUCAGACAAUAGCGGACAAUUUGAAUUCCAUUAAUUGCCCGGUUUCUGAUUCUGAUCUUUUACAACAUACUCUUUAUGGAUUGGGACCGGGUUAUGAAUCGCUUGUCGGACCACUUACACUUUUUCCCGAAGGACUUACUUUUGACAAAUUAUGCACCAAGUUGGUACAUCAAGAGGCACGAUUACAAUAUCAACAAUCUUUGGAAUCAUCAGUUGGUGCCCUUGCUUUUUCGGCCAACAUAUCAUCGGGAGGACCUCAGGAUGUGGCUCAUGCUGCCGGACAACAACAGCCCUAUAGGGGCGGCCGAGGAGGUCGCCGUGGCCGGGGGCGUGGACGUGGCCGCGGACGCCAGCAGUUUCCCGCGCCUGGUCAGCCGCUCCCCCCGCAGCAGCAGUCCCCCGCACAGCAGCAGCAGUUCGGUCAGCGGCCCCACUCCCACCAGCAGCAACAAUUCGGCCGCGGACAGCAGUACACUCAAUUUUCGGGACAACCGGGUACAGUCUUUUGUAAUACGGUUGUGUCAUCGUUUUAUACUCCUGCAUUAUCUACUCUUUGUACUAACAAUGUGUCUGCAGGAAUCCCGUCUUUUGAGAAUAAUUUUGGUUCAGUCCCACCACCCGUUGUCUGCCAAAUUUGUCAUUCCCCAGGUCAUUCCGCUGUUUCGUGCCCGUCUCGUUUUUCUCAGCCAUCUACUCCUGCCUUAGCUGUUCCUACUGGAGAAUCCACUCCGGCUGUUUGGUAUCCUGACUCUGGCGCUUCCGCUCACAUGACCGCUAAUGAAGGACAAAAUUUCGGGGAAGGUGCUUCUGCGAGCUUCCAGUAAUGGUGGUGUCUACCCCAUCUCACUUUCUUCUUACUCACCUGUUGCUCUCGCCUCACAUGUUGCUCCUGGACCAGUCUGGCAUCGUCGGUUGGGGCAUUGUGACACUCGUAUCUUAGAUAGGCUUAG